AUGGAGUAUCUAAAACGAGAUGUGAAGGCACUUAGGGCUACAACCAUACAAACUGCGAAGUAUUGGCUGCACAGUAACGUAGCUAACUAUCAAGACAAGGUUCUAACUACUAAUGAAAACAGUACUGGCAGAGGAAGAUUGUUUUCUAUUGAUGAGGAGUAUCACUUGCCAUCAAAUCGUCACCUGCUUCCAGCAGUGGCAAACACUAGGGGCCGAGGGUGGGUUGAAGAAAAUUUUCCAACUUCUGUGGGGGUAAUGAAAGCAAUGCAAUGA